AGCAGUAGGAGGCGCACGUGCUGCUUUCCUUGCAUAACACGAGCUCGUGCGCAUCUGAAGGCAGAAAUAGCAUGGCAGCUACAGAAGCCCAUAAAGUGCUUGUUUACGGAGGAAAGGGGGCUCUGGGAUCUGCAUGUGUGCAGUACUUCAGAGCUAAAAACUGGUGGGUCGCCUCUAUAGAUCUCAAUGCCAAUGAAGAAGCCAAUGCCAAUGUUACAGUUAAGAUGACUGAAUCCUUCACUGAGCAAGCCAACCAGGUGACAGCUGAUGUCGGUGAGCUGUUAGGUGCAGAUAAGGUUGAUGCCAUCUUGUGUGUGGCUGGAGGUUGGGCAGGAGGCAGCGCCAAGGCCAAAAGUUAGUACAUGCACACACAGAAGCCACGCAUAACCCAUGAGAAUGGUUCACAACCUUUUUGACUCAAAGACUUCCUACUGUCAAACACAAUA